AUGUCUAACGAACCACUGAAAGGCAAUGUCUUUGUUUUCACAGGAGAAAUGUCCAUGGACAGAGAAGAGGCAAAGAGCCGAGUCCUUCUUCUCGGUGCAAGGGUCACAACAUCUGUGUCGUCCAAGACCACAUAUCUUAUUACUGGGUCUGAGCCAGGGCCCUCGAAGAUCGAAAAAGCAAAAGAGCUCGGAACGAAAAUAUUAAGCGAGGAGAAAUUUUUGGAGCUGUUAGACAAAUAUUCCUUCAAAAUGGCCAAGGCCAUGCAGACAUCAGUCUCAUCACCAAUGAAUACAAAACUAGAUGUAAAGACUAACCAUAGAUCCUGGGCAGAGAAGUACAGGCCUGCAACAGUUGAAGAGAUUGUUGGCAAUAAGACAGCAAUUGAGCAGCUUCGAUUAUUUAUCCAAAACGGCACUGAGUAUAAAGCAGCACUACUCAGCGGUCCCCCUGGAGUGGGUAAGACCACUGCAGUCCUUGCAGUAUGUAGAGAACAAGGAAUAACACCCAUUGAAUUCAACGCAAGUGAUUUGAGAAGUAAAAAGAUGCUUGCCGAGACCAUAUCAAACUGCACUAGUAAUCUGUCAAUUAGCAAGGAUUGGUCUGUCAGUAAAAGUGUGAUAGUAAUGGACGAGGUGGAUGGCAUGACUAGUGAUAAGGGAGGCAUUCCUGAGCUGGUAAGUAUUAUUAAGAAGACAAAGGUCCCUGUUAUCUGCAUUUGCAAUGACAAAACUCAUCAAAAGAUGCGAACGCUAUCUAGUUAUUGCUUAGAUAUACGUUUUAGGAAGCUGGAUCCAAGGACUAUCAUGCCGAGAAUCAAGAUCGUUUUGGAAAAAGAAGGCAAAACACUACCAGAGGGAGCCAUCAAUGAAAUAAUAAUGAAUUCAAAUGGAGAUAUCAGGUAUAUUCUCAACACGAUUCAAAGCCUUGUUAUGAAACCAGUUUUGAAUCUUGAUUUUAUAAAUAAGACGUUAGUCAAAAAGAACAUUUUAAAGGGGACCUUUGAAAUAGCAGCUGAGCUGUUUCAGAAAAGAGGCAUUGCAGAGAAAAUAGACUUGUACUUUGAAGACAAUAGUCUUAUGCCUCUUUUUGUGCAGGAAAACUACCUAAAAUGCGCAUUUAGGAAUCUUAAAGAGAUGCUGGCCUCAGCAGAGUCUAUCAGCAUGUCUGACAUAAUCGACUCAAGAAUUCAUGGCACAGAACAAGAGUGGAGUUUAAUGCCUUACCACGCAUUCUUUAGUUGUGUCUAUCCUCUUCAUGGCAGACUGAUGCACAAAAGACUCGAUUUCCCACUAUACUUAGGACAGUAUUCUAAAUUCGGAAAGAAUAAUCGGUUAUUAACUGAAAUAUGUUAUCACUUUAGACCUAAAGUGACUAGAAAAUCGUUUAGACUGUUUGUGGGUGAGCUUAUAUUCAAAAGAUUUACUAAUGGACUACAAGAGGGCAAUAUUGGACAGUCCAUUAAGGUCCUAGAAAGCACAGAUCUUUUGAAGGAAGAUGCAAUCAAUCUUGGAGAACUGAUUGGGUCCAACUCAUAUCAAAGUAUUAGUGCAAAGUAUAAAAUGGCACUAACACGAGAGUAUAAUAAGCUGCGAAGAAGACUUCCAUAUGCAACCGGCUAUGCUGAAGGCAGCAAAGAUGAAAGUGACGAGGACUAUUAG